UUGCUUUUCAAUGCUUCAGCUACACGACCAAAAUUUGUCAAAAGCGUAUUUUUAUCAAGAGCAAUGAAUUCAUUAUAAAAAAAUUUUAAAUUACCUGCAUAUCCAUUUUGGAUAAGAUAAAAAGUAUGCAUAAAAAACCCAUCUUGGCUGAAACAAAUCGUAAGCAGAAAGUUCCCAAUAAAAUCCCUGGUGUUUUCAAUUCACGUCCCAAGUCAAGCCAUGCUAUUCAAUAUGCAGAAAAAGCAAUCCAACAUGACAACUCUCCAAUUAAAUCACAGUCGAAAGAAAAAAAGUUGGCUACUCCCAAAACCAAGUUUACUACAAGAGAUCGAUCAGCGGAAUUUUGUUCGUCUACAUCAUCAAGAUUAAAAAGCUUUCCUGCUGAAGAAAUAAAACGAAUACAAUGUUCUCCAAGAGCUGAAAUAUUUCCAUCUAGUUUCCAAAGACCAGAACAUCCAAAACAACAAUUACUGAGCCAUGAAAUUAUUCAUGGUACAGGUGAUGGCUUACUUAACCAUUUUCCUCCCUCAAAUGCAAUCUUUUUGAAUAAUCAACAUCAUUUAUCACAUCCUGAAUGCCGUCAAACACGUCCUGAAGUCAUAAUUCCAUCUUCAUACCUACGCUCUGCUGAGACACAACCUCAUAGACCUUUUGUUCCCAUUCCGCGAGCUUCUCAUGUAAAAGGACCUCAAGUCACUACUUCUCUUAUAAUAAAUCCAGGUCCAUCAAAUGCUGAUGAUGAUUUUAAAGUUGAAAAAAAACAAACAGUUUCAGAAUUUCCACAAGUUCAAGAGACUGACAAAAAAAUUGAUAAAAUUAUAAAAGAAGUUGAAUGUGAGAAGCAACCAGUUGGAGGCCGUAAUGCUCUUCUUCAUAGAUUAAAACACAUGACAGAAAAGAAAAAAACUGAAUCUUCACAAGUAAGAAAAAUUUCUUCAUUUCCACAGGAUCAAAUAACUCCACAAAUUAAAAGUCCUGAAGAAAAUAUUUCGACAAGAUGUAAUUUUCCUCAGCAAAAUUAUAUCAAUGAUGCCUAUUCAAGUAUUUAUAAUGUUCAAAGACCAGUUGAUCAAAAUCUAAAUGAAUCGAUGGCUUAUUUUCAAAAUCAGAUGAUGAAUCCAAUGUUGAAUCAAAGUAAUAUAAUCAGUCCGCAUCCAGAAAAUUUGCAUUUUUAUAAUAAACCAAACUAUUCUACAAAUUUACAGAAUAAUGUAUAUGAUAAUCAUAUCAAAAAUAAUCAAAUAAUCCAUCAAAAAUCUCAACAAAUUCAGAAUGAUGGGUAUCCGCCAAGAAGAUUAGCGACUCAAAUAAAAAAACCUAAGGAAAAAAUUUAUCAGUUUACGCCAGCUAUGAUUCAUGAUCAAGAAUUAUUAAUUGCAAAAAUGAGACAGCAAGGAGUUAAAGAAGAUAUAAUGAAACGUCAAUUUGAUGCACUUUUGAAUGAACAGAAAAGACAAUUGAUGUACUUACAACAAUUAGAAGAACCAGAAGAAGAAAUAGAAGAAGAGAUACUGCCAGUAAGGAGAAGAAUCACUAAAAAUGAAGAAGAUGAAAAGCCUGAAUGGAUGGCUCAUAUAACUCCUCCUCGAAUUUCUUAUGCCACUUUCGAGAAAAUGAAUCAAUCAACUAUGAAAAAUCCAAAACAGAAAAAUAAUAAAAAUGUGAGAUUCAAUGACGAACAAAAACACGUGGAGUUGAGAAAUGAAGAAUUACAUCCCUUCAGCAGUAAAAAUGGUCUACAAAAUAUUAAUCAUCAUUUUUAUCCAAAUGCUCAACAACUUAUGGGGCAAAAUAUGAUGACCAGAACAACUGAUGGUCAACAAUAUUGUAAUUGUCAUCACUGUGUUGCUAAUUAUCAAAAUUAUUCGAUCCGACAACAUCAGGAGGUACCUUAUGAUAAUAAUAUGUAUAAUUCAAUGCAACAUUUUGCCCAACCACAACAAAAUUUUCCAGUCUGGCCUAAUAAUUACAUUAUAAAUAAUGAUUCAAAACAAUGUUAUGAUAUGAAUAAUUUUAUUAAUGUUAAUACUAAUAUUCCUCAUGAUCAUUUUCCUCAAAAUUAUAGUGAUGAAGGUCCUGAGAAAAAUAAUAAGACAGAUUUUAAACGAAACAAUGGACUUCAAGAUGACGAGUCAAUAAAGAAAGCUAUGGAGGAGUUAAAAAAUCGAAGAAAUCAUGAAGGAUAUGAAUAUUUAGCGAAUUUAAACAAAACUGACAAAAGGUUGGUAUUGAAUGGUAUUCAAGAUCCUGAGGAUGAGCUGAUGAAAAAUUUCCGCUUUCACCAACAACCAACAGAAAAUGAUGAAGAGGUGAAGAAAGAACCACGAGCGAACGGGUUGGAAAAUAGAAGGAAUUCAAAUAAUCCUCCACCGCCACCAAAUUUGCAUAUGAAAAAUUUCAAUGAGCCUUUCAGAGAAUAUCCCAGAAGAAAGGAUGAAUUAUCUACUGAAAAUUAUCAUUAUGUUCCUCCAAAGAAUAUGAUGGAUGGGAAUUUAUUAUCAAUUGAUGGGAAGGAGUAUCAACUAAUUUUGCCCGCUCAAAAAAAUAUUUAUGACGAUUCAAGAAGGAAUUCUUUCAUGGCUCAAGUUUAUCAAGUACAAGGGCAAACUGCUGGUCCCUAUGACUAUCAAAGUGGCUAUCAAUUGAUAAGAUCUAAUUCUAUGCCAUGUGAUAUAAAUUCUCAUCGUCAUCAGUGUCAAGGGAAUCCACCAAAUACGCAGGAGAUAAAAAUAUCAGGAAAUCAUUGUAACGAUGGUCAAAGAAAUUUAAAUUCUGAUUUAAAUGAUAAUAAGCAUCCAAAUUCCUAUAAUCUUAAUAAUGAACUAAUUAAUCCAAACAACUUAUCCAACUUUCAAGGAGUUUAUCAGAUGAUAAAACCUAGAAUUAUUGGUGGGAUUAAAUAUUUUGCAAGAAAAUUUAAUUAUGCGCCUAACUUAAAUAAUUGUUUUUAUUCAAUGGAUAAUAGAAUAUUGGAUAAUCCGGUUGUUUGUAAUGAUAAAAAUUGUAAUGAAUAAAAAAAAU